CCUCCAGCCUCCCGGGGCCGCUAGGCCUGUGGGCCUGGUUGCUAGGCGGAAGCGGGGCGCGGCGGUGGCCGCUGCGGCUGCCGGGGCGUUUGAAAAAGCGGCUGCGCCGGCGGCAAAAGGUCCUCAGGCGGCGGGCUCGCCUGUACCUGCAGACGGGCCGGGCCGGGUGGCACAGCGAUUUUUGCCUGGAGUCCGGGCAGGGUUAGGAGCUGGGCUGGCGGCCGGUGGCAAGGGAGCCGGGCGCGCUGCAGGAGGCAGCAGGACCGGGCCGCUGAGCUGGGUCCGGACGUCAGGGGCCGGGAGCGGGCGGCGGGAGCCCCGCCGGCAGCCCCGCCGGGGGUCACGGGCUACCCGACACUCACCCGGGUCCCUCUUUCCCCCAGCAGACCCCGCCUGCGGGCCGCAGACCGCAACCAUGGUCUCCAAGUCCGACCAACUGCUCAUCGUCGUGUCCAUCCUAGAAGGUCGCCAUUUCCCCAAACGUCCAAAGCAUAUGCUUAUAGUAGAAGCAAAGUUUGAUGGAGAACAGUUGGCUACUGAUCCUGUGGACCAUACUAACCAGCCAGAAUUUGCCACGGAGUUAGCCUGGGAAAUCGACCGGAAAGCACUCCAUCAACAUAGGCUACAACGUACUCCUAUCAAACUCCAGUGUUUUGCCUUGGAUCCUGUGUCUUCAGCCAAGGAAACUAUAGGUUACAUUCUUCUAGACUUAAGAGCUGCUCAAGAGACAAAGCAGGCACCAAAAUGGUACCCGUUACUGAGUAACAAAUACACCAAGUUCAAGUCUGAGAUACAGAUAAGCAUUGCUUUGGAAACAGAUUCAAAGGCACCAGUGGAUAGUUUUAAAGCGAAGGGAGCUCCUCCUCGAGAUGGAAAAGUGCCUGCCGGCCUAUCUGGACUUGACCCUAAGGACGUUGUGGCCGUGCUGAAUGAGGAGGGAGGCUACCAUCAGAUUGGACCAGCAGACCGUUGUACCGACUUCUUCAUCAUGUCAGUGACCAUAGCAUUCGCCACCCAGUUGGAGCAGUUAAUUCCAUGUUCCAUGAAACUUCCAGAAAGACAGCCUGAGUUUUUCUUUUACUAUUGUUUACUGGGAAAUGAUGUUACAAAUGAACCCUUCAAUGAUUUGAUCAACCCAAACUUUGAGCCAGAGAAAGCAUCUGUUCGAAUACGUAGCAAUGUAGAAAUUCUUCGUGUUUACCUGGCCCUUCAGUCUAAACUACAGAUCCAUCUCUGCUGUGGAGACCAGUCACUUGGAAGUACAGAAAUACCUUUAACUGGAUUACUGAAAAAGGGCAGUUCAGAAAUCAGCCAGCGCCCUGUCACAGUUGAGGGUGCUUUUAUCCUUGACCCUCCAAACCGAGCCAAACAAAAGCUUGCCCCUAUUCCUGUGGAGCUAGCCCCAACUGUGGGAGUGUCUGUGGCUCUGCAGCGAGAAGGCGUGGACACCCAGUCUUUAGUUGAAUUAAAGACCCAGAAUGAACAUGAGCCACAGCAUUCAAAGAAGAGUUCUUUAACCCCCAUAAAGGAGAAACUUACUGAGCCAGAAUCGCCCAGCGUGUCCCCUCUUCCGCCUCACAACCAGUCACCUCCAACAAAAGAAGAUGCAACAGAAAGUGAAGUGGAGAGCUUACAGUAUGAUAAGGACACAAAACCAAAUCCAAAGGCCAUCAGUUCUGCACCUGCUUCAGUGGCCCAGCCAGUGAUUAUAGCCAACGCUUCAGAAACAGCUUCAGGACAGAAAAUCGCUGUUCCAGCAACAUCACACCAUUUUUGCUUUUCAAUCGACUUAAGGAGUGUCCAUGACUUGGAAGUCAGUUUUCCAGUCAACUGUAUAUUAAGGUACUCAUAUCCAUUCUUUGGAAGCGCAGCUCCUAUUAUGACAAAUCCCCCUGUAGAAGUUCGGAAAAACAUGGAAGUUUUUCUUCCCCAAUCCUACUGUGCUUUUGAUUUUGCAACUAUGCCUUAUCAGCUGCAAGAUACUUUCUUAAGGAUUCCAUUGCUGAUUGAAUUAUGGCACAAGGAUAAAAUGAGUAAAGAUUUACUCCUGGGAAUCGCCAGAAUCCAGCUUUCUAACAUCUUGUCUUCAGAAAAAACUCGCUUUUUAGGUUCUAAUGGUGAACAGUGUUGGCGUCAGACGUACAGUGAAAGCGUGCCCAUUAUAGCAGCACAAGGGUCAAAUAAUAGGAUAAUAGAUCUUUCUUACACAAUAACUCUAGAAGAUUACGGACUAGUAAAAAUGCGUGAGAUUUUUGUCUCUGAUUCAUCUCAGGGUUUAUCUGCUGUACAACAGAAGCCAUCUUCUCUUCCUCCAGCACCUUGUUCUUCAGAAAUCCAGCCAGAAUCUCGUGAAGCCUUAGAAUACAAAGCAGCAGUUGAGCUAGAAAUGUGGAAAGAGAUGCAGGAAGACAUUUUUGAAAAUCAGCUAAAGCAGAAAGAACUGGCUCAUAUGCAAGCUCUUGCAGAGGAAUGGAAGAAAAGGGAUCGAGAGAGAGAAUCACUAGUACAGAAAAAGGUGGCUGAAUAUACUAUUUUAGAAGGAAAACUUCAAAAAACCCUAAUUGAUUUAGAGAAACGAGAGCAACAGCUUGUCAUUACAGAAGCAGAGCUUCAAAGAGAAAGAAAGGAACUGAAAUCAGAACGUGAACGGAACCUGCAAGAACUUCAGGACUGUAUCCGUAGGGCCAAGGAAGAUGGUGUUCACCAAGUAGAACUGGAAAGGCUAAAGAUCAAGCAGCUAGAAGAGGAGAAACACCGACUUCAGCAGCAGCUUAAAGAUGCUGAAAAUAAGUAUAAGAUUUUGGAAAAAGAGUUUCAUCAGUUCAAGGAUCAGCAAAGCAACAAACCAGAAAUCCGUCUACAGUCAGAAAUAAAUCUUCUCACCUUGGAAAAGGUUGAACUUGAAAGAAAGUUGGAAUCUGCAACUAAGUCUAAACUGCAUUACAAGCAGCAAUGGGGACGAGCUUUGAAAGAACUUGCCAGACUUAAACAGCGGGAGCAAGAAAGUCAAAUGGCUCGUCUUAAGAAACAGCAAGAGGAACUGGAACAGAUGAGACUACGUUACCUGGCUUCUGAGGAAAAAGAUACAGUAAAAACUGAGCGACAAGAAUUGUUGGAUAUAAGAAAUGAAUUGAACAGGUUAAGGCAACAGGAACAAAAACAGUACCCGGAUUCCAGAGAAAUUGCAAGUGGGAAAAUGGACAGUCCACAUGGCAAUGCCGGGGAAGAAGGUUUGGAUGAUUAUUUGACUCGCCUAAUAGAAGAAAGGGAUACUUUGAUGAGGACGGGUGUGUACAAUCAUGAGGAUCGAAUAAUAAGUGAACUUGACCGACAGAUCAGAGAGGUUUUGGCAAAGAGCAGUGCCAGUAAUUAAUAACAUUUGGAAAAUCUUUACAGAUUCCAGGUCUGAAUUUUAAUUUCAUUGUAAAACUGUCAAAGGAAGGGAAAAAUGGAUGUUUUAAGGUCCAAUUUUCGAUUUUUUUAUAAGCACAAUUUUAUAUGCUCUUGUAUAGUAUUUAUUUGAUUUUAUUUACUUUAUGCUACCUCUCCCAUUCUCGUUUUAUUUGUAAUUGCAUUUUAUAUACUCAUUUUAAAUGACUUUUCUGUGUUUCUUGUAAUUUAUAAUUUCGUGGCCAACUUUCAUAACAUCUUUUCACUAAAUUUGUUCUAGGAGAAAUGACUGCAGUAAUUUCAAGUUAUAUAACUUUUCACAUUGAGCCAAAAGACUAUACGUUGCACUUUAAAAACAUGUGUCCUGUUCAUUUGAAAUACAGAUCUUAAAAGUUUAGACUAAUUGUAAACAUAACCAGUUCUACUUAACUCAUUUUAGAUGUUCUGUCUUUUUAACUUACAACAUUUACAAGUGACAAGUUUGAAAACCUAAAGCCAGGAUCAAUGCAGAGAAGCCAUAUGAUAUUAUUGCAUGACAAAUUAGUUGUUUAUUUAAAUAAAGUUAAUACAUAUUAAACUUGUUUCAAAAACUAUUGCCUUUUCAAAUUUUCACUGUACUCUGAAAUUUAAGACUAUGAAGUAAUAACAUUAUUAAUAAGGUCUUCCUUGUCUGUCUCCUGCUCAAGAUUACACUGUUUUCUUUUGUUGACAAUAGAGAUUUCUUUUUAUUUCCAGUAAUAGUAAGACUAGUCACCUCUAUAAUAACAUGGAAACAGACACUUAAAGACUUUAGGUGAAAAAGUAGAAUGGGAAACUUUUUUUCUCCCUCUAAUCUUAACCAGUCUCUUAAAAAAGUACAUGAGAUUAUGCCAUUGGAUUGAUGAAGUGCCAUGUCUGUACCAACUUUUUAGAAUCACUUUACAUCAUAUCUUCAGAGCCAACGUUUGCCCUCAAAGCAACACCUUCCACGUCCUUUUACAGGGUACAGAAAAGGCUUAUUAGAAAAUUUACAGAUUUAGGUGAGUCUUAAAAUACAUGUAGUUUGAAAUUUGAUUCCCAAAUAUCGUAAAUUGAAGCAUAUACUUUAGGGAAUAUAUAUUCUAUUUACUGAUAACUUCCAUAAAAGCAGAAUAGGCUAUUUGGUAACUUAAUUUUUUGUUUUCCAAGAAGGUAUAUUUCUUGUUUGGGAAAUUACAGUCCGUACAUGCAUUAUAUGUUUGUUUGUUUUUCCUUAUUAACAAAGUAUUAAUCUAAAAACAACCCGGCAAGUAAAUAACAAAUUACUGAAUGAGAGAAUAAUGAGUAUAUGAAUCAAAGCAGGAAUUUGAAAUAUUAAUUAUGGUUAGACAUUUUCACUCACUGAUUUUUGUGCCACAUGAAUGGAACAGAAGAAGUAUUUUUAUUUGGGGAGGUCUUGGGUAAAAUAUGGUGACACUGUGCCUUCCAUUGCACUGUGUGCUGUGUGUGACUGUUUUCAAACACUAGAGGGGGCCUUAGAUUUAAAGAAACAGAACUUUUCUAAAAUGGAUGUGUGGUUUAUUUUGCCUUCUGUAAAGCAAUCUUUUGGCUAUGUAUUUUAACAAAUAAAAUCAUAAUUGUAUGCAUCUUUGA